GGCCGAGGGGCUGCCAUGGCGGCGGCGGGCCGGCUGCCGAGCUCCUGGGUGCUGCUGGCGCCGCUCCUUGCGGGGCUCGCGCUGCUGGGAGUCGGGCCGGUCCCGGCGUGGGCGCUGCACAACGUCACGGCCGAGCUCUUUGGGGCCGAGGCCUGGGGCACCUUGGCGGCCUUCGGGGACCUCAACUCCGACAAGCAGACGGACCUCUUCGUGCUGCGGGAAAGAAACGAUUUAAUUGUCUUUUUGGCAGACCAGAACGCACCCUAUUUUAAACCAAAAGUAACAGUGUCCUUGAAUCACAGUGCAUUGAUAACAAGCGUAGUACCUGGGGAUUAUGAUGGAGAUUCACAAAUGGAUGUCCUGCUGACAUAUCUUCCCGAAAAUCAUGCCAACAAUGAAUUAGGAGCUGUUAUCUUCUGGGGACAAAAUCAAACAUUAGAUCCUAACAAUAUGACCAUAAUCAAUAGGACUUUUCAAGAUGAACCACUGAUUAUGGACUUCAAUGGUGAUCUAAUUCCUGAUAUAUUUGGUGUUACAAAUGAAUCUAGCCAGCCACAGAUACUAAUAGGAGGGAAUUUAUCAUGGCAUCCUGCAUUGACAACUGAAAGUAAAAUGCGAAUUCCACAUUCUCAUGCAUUUAUUGAUAUGACUGAAGAUUUUACAGCAGAUUUAUUCCUCACAACAUUGUCUGGCUCUAAUAACUUCCAGUUUGAGAUAUGGGAAAAUUUGGGUGGAAACUUCUCUGUCAGUAAUGUGUUUGGAAAACCUCAAAAUAUGCUCGUGGUUGGACAGUCAGCUUUUGCAGACUUUGAUGGAGAUGGACACAUGGAUCACUUACUUCCAGGCUGUGAAGAUGAAAAUUGCCAGAAAAGCGCCAUUUACUUAGCACGAUCUGGAACAAAGCAGUGGGUUCCAGUCCUACAGAAUUUCAGCAAUAAGGGCACACUCUGGGGCUUUGUGCCAUUUGUGAGUGAAAAGCGACUGACAGAAAUAUCAAUGCCAAUUACCCUUCAUAUUGGAGAUUACAACAUGGAUGGCUAUCCAGAUGCUCUGGCUAUACUAAAGAAUACAUCUGGAAGCAAUCAGCAGGCCUUUUUGCUGGAGAACGUCCCUUGCAAUAAUGCAAGCUGUGAAGAAGUACAUCGAAUGUUUAAAGUCUACUGGGAGCUGAUGGACCUCAAUCAGAUCAGAGAUGCCGUGGUUGCCACUUUCUUUGACAUUUACGAAGAUGGAAUUUUGGACAUUGUAGUGCUAAGUAAAGGAUAUACAAAGAAUGACUUUGCCAUCCAUACAUUAAAAAAUAAUUUUGAAGCAGAUGCUUAUUUUGUUAAAGUCAUUGUUCUUAGUGGUUUGUGCUCCAAUGACUGUCCUCGUAAGAUAACACCCUUUGGUGUGAAUCAACCUGGACCUUAUAUCAUGUAUACAACUGUAGAUGCAAAUGGGUAUCUGAAAAAUGGUUCAGCUGGACAACUCAGCCAGUCAGCACAUUUAGCCCUCCAACUACCAUACAAUGUUCUUGGCUUAGGUCGAAGUGCAAAUUUUCUUGACCAUCUUUAUGUUGGUAUUCCCCGUCCAUCUGGAGAGAGGUCUGUACGGAAACAAGAGUGGACUGCAAUCAUUCCAAAUUCCCAGCUAAUUGUCAUUCCAUACCCUCACAACGUCCCUCGAAGCUGGAGUGCCAAAUUAUAUCUUACUCCAAGUAACAUUGUUCUACUGACCGCAAUAGCGCUCAUCGGUGUCUGUGUUUUCAUCUUGGCAAUAAUUGGCAUCUUACAUUGGCAGGAAAAGAAAGCAGAUGACAGAGAAAAACGACAAGAAGCCCAUCGGUUUCAUUUUGAUGCUAUGUAACUUGCCUUUAAUAUUACAUAAGGGAAUGCUAUUCAGUUGAUUUGUUGAAAUACUAAAUGCUGGCUUAUAGAAGAAAAUAGGAGAUUUUGAAUAUUAUUUAUAAAUGAUGCAUCCAUGGUAAUUAUUGUAAGUAUUCAAAUAAAUAAUGGUCUGAAUGUGUCAAAAGGUCUUCUUUUUUUUUUUUUUUUUUAAAGCACUUUGUAUACAGUUUGGGUUCUUUAUUCAAUAGUGCUGUACAUUUUUGUUCCUUUGUGGAAUGUGUUGCAUGUACUCCUGUGUUCAUGUAUUUAUUAUCUUAUUAGAGUAAUGAUGAUGGAAAAAGGGGUGUAAAUAAAAAUAUUUAAAUGAGUGGAAUUUUUUUCUGUGCCACUUGAAUUGGUCUUACCUCUUAUUCUAAUGAUGCAAAUUAAACUUUUUGCAAAUGUAUCACAGAUAAAGUAUUAAACAUUCACUUUCAUCACAGUAGGUCUAGGGUCUCUCAUCAGUGGCAUACAAUAUAAUGAUUCAGUAUUCUGGUUUUGGAAUCAGAGUAAGACUUGCCUUAAACUCCUGGUUCCACCACUUACAAAGUUAUUAUCUUAACUUGGCUAUUGCUUAACCUCUGUUAAGCUUCAAUUUUCUUGUUUUUACAAUGGAGUUAAUAAUACCUACUUGCUUAAGUUAUUGUAAACAUUAAAUGGGACAGUAUAUACAAAGUGCUAGCUUGGUGGGUGCCUAGCAUAGAAUAAAUGCUCAAUAAGUGAUAGUUGUCAUGAGUACUGUUUUAGACUUUUUUUAUGAGAGUUCUACAACUAAUUAUCAAAAUUUGUAGACUCAGUAGAAUGUUACUUUCAGGCAUGAGAAAAUCAUAUUCUUUGGAAAAACCUAAAUUCUUGGUGGUUGACAUUUUAUAUAAAGAUUACUUGCACAUAUUAACACGUAUUAUGGCACUCUCCAAGAAUUAACAUGCUGUAAAAUUUUUCAUUUGAAAACUGAUCUUUAUCAUGUGAUCUUGAACAGUAUUUUAUUUCUUGAAAGGAAACUGCUUAGGCAGCAACUGGGAAUGCAAAUCUUCUAUCCUCAAAGGCUUGGAAAAGCCUAUAAUUGACAGACUUCAGUGCAAAUUUUAUAUUAUGAACGAAAUGCUGCCAAAAAUUAUUUUAAAAAGACUGGAGAAAAGGUGUAUAUAUCAAUGCUAAUAAUUUCUAAUAUGUCAGUUGACAUAGAUGUGUGAUGGGUUUAUAAAACACAAAAAUUUCUUUGAAAAUAAUUUUGUUCUUACUAUUAUUAUUUUUUCUUUGCAAUUCACUGAGACUGGUAUAUUUAAGUGGUUUGUUUGUAU